AUCCUCUUAACUCCUUCAACCCUCAAUGGACGGGCCGGGGCCAAAGUGACCUUUUGCAGUGGGACGGCGCUCGACCGCUCUGGCAAGAAGCCAUGCCGCCGCCAGCCACAGUCGCCCCCUCGGCGGCCCUCCGCCGCGAGGACCUCCUCCGAGUCGCCGCCCCGCUCCGCUCCCUGCUCUCCGCGGCGCCCUACGCGCCCCCCGAGGGCUCCGACACCUCCGUGAAAUCCCUCCUCGCCUCACUCCUCCCGUCCCCCUCUGAACCCCCGACGGGCGGGGCCGGCAAGGAGGCCGUGGACCUGCUCCUCUUCUGCGCCGCCGCCCGCGCUGCCUCCGCUGAGGCCCCCGCGCUGCACUGGGUCCCGGAGGGGCUCUCCAGGGCGGCCGCCGCCGCCAUGGAGGAGAUGGCGGCGAUGGGCGGGUGGGGUGGUGUCCCGGAGAUGUUGGUCGCCAUGAUGCCGGAGGCGUUGCCGCCGCUGAAGGCCGUGCUGAAGGACACGGGCGUGGACGCCAAUGAUGAUAUGAUGAUGAUUGGCGCCGUGAAGCCGCCCAAGGAGCACGCCUUUGUCGCCGCGCACCAGUUCCGGUGGCUGUUGUCUCAGGUUAAUUACCCGAAGCUCGGGGAUUUGUGCUGGUUAGUCAUUCCAUGUGCUUUGACGGCAUUGGAUCAUUGGUCGCCAGAUGUCAAGGAACAAGGAAUGAUUAGCUUCAUGCACAUAGCAAAGAAUGUGAAAGUAGCAGACUUAAGUUUGUAUGAAGAUGCAAUACUUGAUGCUUGUUGCCAUAACAUUCCUGCAGAUGAUGAGUUAUGGUAUCGUGUUGUUGAGGUAUCAGUGCUGCUCUUGACUUGCACUCAGAGAAGUAAUCCACGUAGCCCUUGUUAUUGGCUGAAGAGUGGAAAGCUAGGACAAAGACACUGACUUAAAGUUACUCAGCUGUCUACUAUUAUGAGUUUUAUAUAGGUACCAUCAAUCUGGUUCAUCUCUACUAUAAACCUCAACUACAUAUCUUGUCCUUUUCCUUCAACUUCAGUUUUCCAUUGGUUCCAGGUACGACCGCAUACUUUCUGAGAUGUUGGGACACCUGGAACGUAAAACCACUAAACAAAGAACGUCGUGUUGCAUGGCUUACCCUUAUCGGGCCAGUUUUGGAUGCCAUGGGCCUCUUCCUAUUGGCACAUUUUCGUCUCCUGUUCUCUCUAUUUUCCCAAUGGAUGCAUGCUGAUGAUGAUAGAACAGUUCUUCUGGUGUUAGAGCGAGUUCAUACAUUUAUUAAGCUCACCUGGAUCAGGAAGUCACCCUACACUUCAAGACUGGUGGAUGAGCUUGUUCUUUUGUAUAAGGAGUCGGCCACGAGAAAGAGCCGUGAGAUCAUGCGAAAUCACAUAGUGGAAAUACUCGUGUUACUCCAGAAAUGCAAGGGACAGCAGUUUGAGGAAGCUUGGAAGAAGCACGAAGCUGACCCAGAUUUAACAUUGCUGCUAUCCCGUUUCCAAGAACUUUGAACCGGAGAUCAUUCGCCAGAAUUCUGAGCUCAACUGGUAUUCUCAAUGUAGAUAGUUGUUUAGCAUAUAUCAAAUCAAGGCUGUUAAAUCUUAGCUCUCAGCGUUUGGAUUUGUGCACAUUUAUUUGCUGGUAGGUUUUUCCCUGUAAGAUUUGCCCUUGUACUCUCAAGGAUCAAAGCUCGCUGGAGGCUUUGGAGUCCAGAUGAAAGCGUGAUAGCACUAGCUAGAUACAUGAACUGAGGCAACAUACCAGGGGCAAGCCACUCUUAUGCUGUAACUUUGCAACUUCUUUAGAGGAAUGUAGGUUUGUACUAACUGUGUACCAAAUCAACACGUAAAAUCCUCUCAUUUUACUUGA